AUGUUCCUGGUCUCUUGUAUCAUUUGUAUAUAUUACAGUGCAGUGGCAGCCUGGGCACUGUCUUAUUUUGUCAGUUCUUUAAAAUUUGCACUUCCAUGGGCUACCUGUGAUAACGAUUGGAACUCAAUAAGAUGUUCUGUCUGGAAUCGCGACAGUGUUGCCAAUUGUUUCCUUCAGAAUGGCACACUGCUACGCAAUGGUUCUUGUGUGACUGACCCAGAAUAUCUGCUGGCCUACGAUAAUCUAACAGUUCUGGAGAUAACCUCAUUCGACAUCGACGAACAUCUUUUGCCAAGCGCCGAAUAUUUUCACAAGGAAAUAUUGAUGGUGUCGAGUCGUUUUGAUAAGAUUGGCUCAAUCCACUGGCAUCUGGCACUCUGUUUGCUAGUUGUUUGGUUCAUUGUUUUCCUUUGUGCUUUCAAAGGAGUAAAAUCAUCGGGCAAGGCAGCCUACGUGGCAGUCUUCACGCCCUAUGUAAUAUUUUGUGUAUUGUUCGUCCGUUUUCUUACACUUCCGGGUUCACUCACGGGUCUUGUAUAUUUUUUCAUACCAAACUGGAAAUUUAUGACUGAUUUGAAGGUCUGGGGUACCGCUGCAGUGCAGGUGUUUUAUUCAUUGUUAUGUUGUACCGGUGAAGUAAAAAUUAUUUGUAGGGAUGCCUGGUUUUUAUGCUUUGUUGAUAUCAUCACGUCAGUGCUUUGUGCGGCGCUAAUAUUUUCGGCUGUCGGCUUUCUCUGCUAUGAAUUGGAGCUUCCGCUCGAGAAAUUCAACUUCAAAGGUGGUGUGCAGCUUGUAUUCAUUUAUUUGCCGGAAGCAAUUGCGAAAUUGCCAGUUGCACCAAUCUAUUCCAUUUUGUAUUUUGUGAUGGUCAUAUCAAUCAUCCUUACAACUACGAAUAUUGCAACGGAAGCAGUAGUGUCAGCGAUUUGUGACGAAUUUCCGGAACGUUUACGACGCAACCAUCGGCAUGUACUCGCAUUUGCCUGUGUUAUAUUUUAUGCACUCGGUAUACCCCUUUGUACAGCGGUAAUUUUUAUACUACUGACGCGAUCCAUUUGCUAA